AUGCGAAUUCUCGCGCUGGCAAGCAUACUGCUCUGCGCUGAGAACAUAAAGAGCAGUGCUACACCCUUUUUUCACUUGUGCCUUUUGAACGAACGACAGCCACUGACCGACAAGAACAAAACCGGCCCGGGAAACUUGGGCAAAAGCCUCGAUCCUGUGUAUCAAUCCUUCGAGCUGGAUGAGUGGUUAAGGGGCGAACUUAUUUACCGGAAGGUUCGUGGUUGGAACCCAACCUCUUCAUCUCGACUUCCCCCGUCCAAACAGUUCGCACGAGGCAUGGAAAAGUUUUGCUCGGAGGUUCCGAAAAUAGAGUUACACGCACAUCUUUCUGGAAGUAUCUCACAAACGACUUUGCUCAACAUACUUGGUGUGGAUCAGUCAGAGAGUUUGAUGAAGCGGGUAGCUCUGAAACAGGGUGAUCAGCGUACUCUCGAUGAUAGAUGUUUCGCAUUGUUCCACCUUCUGCACAACGCGAUCCGGAGUCCAGAUAUUGUCGAACGGGUUACCAUAGACGUUGUUGAGGAAUUCGCUUCAGAUGGCGUCAUUUACUUGGAACUGCGCACUACAGUCCGAAGUUUGCCAACUUACCGUGCCUACUUGGAUGCUGUUUUACGGGGCCUCAGCAAUGCAUCUAGUAUUACUCAUGGGGAGAUCGAUGUCUGUCUAUUGUUUUCAAUUGAUCGAGCUCGAGGAAUAGAUGAUGCUUGGAUGACUGUAGAUCUUUUGAAAGAGUAUGCACCGUCCUGGCCUGAGGUUCUCGUGGGUAUUGAACUCAGUGGGAAUCCUAAGAUCGGCAAUCUCCUUGAUUUCGUCGAACCAUUGAACUGUGUUCAAGCACUUGGUCUCAAGACUAGCGUUCAUCUGGCUGAGUUACCGAACGAAGGUGAACAGUGGCUGGAAUUUUUGCAGUGCCACACACCCGAUCGCAUCGGUCAUGGGACGCAUCUGCCCACACCAGAUACUCCCGGUGAUGAUACACCUGCGUUCAAGGCCAGGGACUUGAUUUUAAGCUCUCGUACUCCUAUUGAGAUUUGCCUUACCUCAAACAUCGUGUGUGAAACCGAGCUCACUUACGAGUCCCAUCAUCUUGCUUCUUGGGUUCAAGCUGGUCACCCGGUCUGCAUUUGUACGGAUGAUAAAGGCAUCUUUGGUUGUUCCUCGUCGAGCGAGCUAGUCAAAGCGGUUGAACAUUGUGGUGUGUCAAAGUCACAACUUCGGCAUAUUUUGAAAGAUUCCGCAAGAGCUGCAUUCUGUUCGGAAGCAACAAAAACCAAGCUACUGAACCAAAUCACUGCAUUUUUUGACGCAUGCGCCCUUUGACUAGUCAACUUUUUUUCAAUUUUUAAACUAUUUUCCAUUGUUUUAUGUGUAUUUGUGAGGUGUUUUAUGAACGAGUAAAUAAAUUGGAACUGAGUAAAGUUGGUUUGUUUGAUGAUAAACAAAUAAAUUCUUGAGGAACCCCCAUAUCCUGACACUUCGAAUCACGACCAAUCCUUAUCUUCGGAAUUGAAUCCCCCCCGGAAUUUAUUUAACUAAGGAAGUGUAUCUUAGACGAUUCUGUGCCACGACUUUCAUUUCUUGCUUUUUUGAGAAUGCUA